AUCUCUUCCAGCUAACGCUCCCCUAGCCUUUUUUUGUCGAUUGCAUGGUGCUAGUUUCUGCGGCAUAAGCGAGGUUGUCACGGGAGAAAUACCAACAUCUACAGGCUUACAAAGAUAUUUACUGACAAAUAUUUGACGAUUUUUAUUUCUUGCAGCACAUGUCAGCCAUUACACUUCCAUUUAUUCAACUCCCGGCCUCACACUUUGAGGUUGACAAUUAUUCCCCAAGGUUAGUGAGCUAGCGCGCUAGCGAUAGCCGAUUAAAGUAGUUAAGCUAACGGUAACUCGGUAGCCUCCACAUCUCUAUUUUCUCCAAUACUACAAUAUAAAAAUAUAGGGGGAUAAAAUGGCGGAAGCCGAUAAGCUGAACAUCGACUCCAUUAUACAGCGCCUGCUUGAAGUGAAAGGAUCCAGACCAGGUAAAAACGUUCAGCUGACAGAGAAUGAGAUCCGUGGCCUCUGUCUGAAGUCCCGGGAGAUCUUCCUCAGCCAGCCAAUCCUGCUGGAACUGGAGGCGCCCCUUAAGAUUUGUGGUGACGUUCAUGGGCAGUACUAUGAUCUUCUCAGGCUCUUUGAAUAUGGAGGCUUCCCGCCAGAGAGCAACUAUCUGUUCCUGGGCGAUUAUGUGGACAGAGGCAAGCAGUCCCUGGAGACAAUCUGCCUCCUUUUGGCCUACAAGAUCAAAUACCCAGAAAACUUUUUUCUGCUGAGAGGAAACCACGAAUGCGCCUCAAUUAACAGAAUAUAUGGCUUCUAUGAUGAGUGUAAAAGGCGAUACAACAUAAAGCUGUGGAAGACCUUCACCGACUGCUUCAACUGUUUGCCUGUCGCAGCCAUUGUUGACGAGAAGAUCUUCUGUUGCCAUGGAGGUAUUGUCCUCACACGGUUAACUCGUCUCUCAUAUCUGCUCUGUUGUUUCUGUCAACAUCACAGUCAAAGAAGCGUAUAAUUGACACUAUUUAUG